AUGCUGAAUCCGAUUUUCAAGGUGCGGAGGCAUGAUACUACCUGGGGAAGACGGUGAUUUUGCGGUGGCCCUAUACUUUUGAAACGGACUGUACUUUCGGCAACUUCCGAAACGAAUUUGCCUGCGUUGGCUCGGAUUUCAUGGCGUGCUCGAAAAAGUCGAUUUUUUCUGUUUGACAGAGAAAACAACAAACGUGGCCUCGAAUCGGAUGCAUUUUUCUAGUAAUAAAUAGAAACAUUGACAUUUUUUGCAGUGCGGUCGACUCGGAAUGGACGCAAAAGUUGACGGCGGACGACUGGUUCGGGGAGGAGGAAACGGAAAGUUCGGCGCGGAAGAUCACGUACUUGCUGGUGCGGACCGCCGACGAAACGAGGCUCCGGAUGGUCCGUCUGCGGAUCGCCGAGAUUAUCGAAGUGGUCAAGAAGCCGUGGAAGUCCGCCGAGUUUCUCGUCGAUUCCCACAUGGUCGGCUAUCUUGUCGGUACGCCUUUUCGAAUGCAUUCAAGAAAAGAAAAAAAUAUUUUGAUUUCAACCAUUUUCUGCAGGACGCAACGGCCGUAACAUCCGAAGUCUGCGUGACAAAUUCAACGUGCAAAUCCAGAUUUCGGAUCCGAACCCCGAGAAUCCGGAAAAGUCGACGGUGACGGUGCGUGGGCGGGACUCGCAAGCGAUGAAAGAGCUGGAGAUUGUGAUGAAGGAGACGGUCCUGCCGCGCAAUUACAAUCGGGUCCCGCGGUUCGACGAGGACACGCUCAUCCAGAACGGCAUCUACGAGGACGUCGACCGGGAACUCGAGGACUUGCGCCGGGCCGCCGAGCUGCUCGCCCAGGACUUCACUUAA